AACGCUGACUGUCCAUUGAAAUCUUACGCUGCACGUUACAACUGUGUUCACAGACUAUUUUAGGAGCGGGAAACCACAAGAAAACUCAGCUGAUUCAGUAAGGUUUGUGCCGGGCGUGUGUAGUGGGAAUGGACCCGAAGAAAGUGGCAGAACUUAAGGCCUUUGUGCAGCUGUGUAAAGGCGACCCAUCUGUGCUCCACCUGCCCGAGAUGGGUUUCUUCCGAAGCUGGCUGGAGACGUUGGGAGCAACGAUUCCAGAACCAGCUAAUAAUGACAGCUCUUCUUGCAAGGAGGAGUGUCCAUGUUCCGGACCACCACCCACCAAAUCUGCUCCUGAGCCAGCUCCACCCUCCGAGAGUGAGGAGAGCGAGAUAGAGAUUGAUAACGAGGGUGUGAUUGAACCAGACACAGACGCACCACAGGAGAUGGGGGAUUAUGAGAACCUGGAGGUCACAGAAGAGAUGAUGGAUCAGGCCAAUGAGAAGAAAAUGGAGGCUAUUGGUGCACUAGGAGAAGGUGAGCUACAGAAAGCUCUGGACCUUUUCACUGAGGCCAUCAAACUGAACCCACGGUCAGCCAUCUUGUAUGCCAAGAGGGCCAGUGUGUAUAUCCGGAUGCAGAAGCCAAACGCGGCAGUGAGAGACUGUGACAGAGCCAUUCAGAUCAACCCAGACUCAGCCCAGCCUUACAAGUGGAGGGGAAAAGCACACAGGUUGCUGGGUCACUGGGAGGAGGCAGUGAAGGACUUGGCCACAGCUUGUAAACUGGACUAUGACGAGGACGCCAGUGCCAUGCUCAAAGAAGUCCAGCCUAAGGCCAAUAAAAUCAUUGAGCACAGGCGUAAGUAUGAGCGUAAGCGUGAGGAGAGAGAGAUAAGAGAGAGACAGGAACGAGUGAAGAAAGCAAGAGAGGAACAUGAGAGAGCACAGAGGGAGGAGGAGGCCAGGCAGGCAGCUGGAGGAGCACACGGAGGUUUCCCAGGAUUCCCAGGUGGCGCUGGUGGUUUCCCAGGUGGGAUGCCUGGAUUAGGAGACCUUUUGAAUGACCCUGAGGUCCUCAUGGCCAUGAAGGACCCUGAGGUGAUGGCGGCCUUCCAGGACGUGGCCCAGAAUCCAGCCAACAUCGCCAAAUAUCAGAACAACCCCAAAAUCAUGUCGCUCAUCACCAAACUCAGCACCAAGUUCGGGGGGCAAGCGCCCUAGACCUCCGCUCAGUGGACCAGACGCGGCAGAAAGGAGAGAAGGAGAGAGACAGGGAGAGGAGAGAAGGAGGAGUGUGUGGUGUGAUGUAAUCCCAUGUUGUGUGAAUUUAGGGAGCAGGGGACUCAUUUUUGGUUGGGGGUGGGCCAUGGUAAAUUUUUACUCUCCAGUGAUUGGAGGACAGAAACCUGACAGGUGGAGGGCGAUAAAUAAAAAUAAAAAUAAAAAUCUUACAUUCUCUAUAAGGGGGGGGGGCAGCCUUACUAAGCUGGUUAGAGAUCAGUCAUGGACUUUUCCAGACCACAGUCACAGACUCUGGCCAGAACCCCACACACACAUCAAACAUCCCCAAGAAACACACACACAGGGCUUUGAUGACCUCAAGGGAAAAGGUCACCUCUCUGGCCUCUGACCUUAAAGACACCUGGGGGUGGUUUUUGCCCAAUGUGUUUUAUGAGCGUCUGGAUUACUUUGGUGUGGAUCAGGAUGGUAGGUGGAUGAAUCAAACCUCAGUCUAUGGAUUUGGUUGAGGGUAAGGCCACAGGGGUGAAAAGAUGACAUUUUAUUGAACAAUUCCUUUGUUAAAAAUUCUGAAAGUAAAUGUAAGCCUUUAAACUUUAAUCCUAAUCUAUCUGUUACCUCAUAUUGAAACUCCUUAAUCUUCACGUGUGAUCCAUCUGUCAUGAGAAACAGCGUGUUGUCUUGUAUAUGCAUCAGCAUGUCAUUUGACUGAGUUAGUGACCAGGGUUAGGGCAAAGUUAAACUCACUGACUCGUCCAUCGCUUCUGUGUGAGAUUAAACCUUUUCUGCUCUUCAUCUUCUGUGUGAGAUUAAACCUUUUCUGCUCUUCAUCUUCUGUGUGAGAUUAAACCUUUUCUGCUCUGCGUCGGACCCCAAGGGCGUGUUUUUUUUUGUUUGUUUGUUUGUUUGUUUGUUUUUGGUAAAGGAGUUCUUCCCUCAGGUUUUCUUUAAUGUUCAUCUCUCUCUCUCUCUCUCUCUCUCUCUGUACCUUAAAUGUACCAUGACACAGUUCUCUUUUUCUUAACCCCUCUGUUUCUCUGCUCAGAGCAAAAAGGUAUGGAAACAAAGCUGUUUUCCUUUGCCGUGGAAAAUUUGUAAUUUGAAUCAUUAAUCAUUUCAGUCAAUAAAUUUUUGGUUGUUGCAAA